AUGCUGUGCCGGGGGGAAAAUGGAUCUUUUGCUGGUGUGCAAGUGAGGAAAGCCAAGGUUGCUUUUCUUUCCUUUUAAUUCUUUUUAAACAAAAGAAGCAGCAUCUGCAGCCCAACAACGGAGGGGUUGUGAAUCCAAAAAGCCUGACAUUUGAAAUAUUGCUGGCAUUUGCGGGGCAUCGUUUGCUCAGCAGGAUAAAGGAGACCUGUGCACUGAGACCGGGUGGAACCUCUUUGUGGAGUAAGUACAUUAUAAACCAUUAUUUCCUUCUCCUUUCCCCUCCCCAACAAGCCUCGCCUAUAACUAAACAUGCAGAGCUUAUUUUAAUCCAGGGAAAGUCCCCAGUCUGUGGCAGGGAUGGGGAAUCUCAGGGAUGUGAAUGUGGCCCCCCCGUGUCUUUCAAUGUGGCCCCCAGGAGCCUCCCCAGGCCACGCCCUCCUUGAACUAUCAUAAUGCCUCUUAGUUGCCUGGAUAGAGGUAUAUGCAUGCAAAAGCUUCUGACUUUUCUAUUGGGGGAAACAUGCAGCUUCCUUUGCAAAGAGAAGAUUUGUAUCUGUUGCUCUGCUUACUUUUACGCUGGGCCACACCCACCACUGCAAGGUGGUCUCCAGAAGGUGGACUGUGGCGACUGAAAAAUGUUCUCCUUCCACCCACCCCUCAUCAUGCUAUGAGAUCAUUUUAAAAUUCCAAGCAUAAGUCUGGCUAUUCUCAGGCAAAAAAUGAGAGUGUUUCAGAGCGUGUGCAGAACGCCUUUCCCAUGCCAUGGAGUAAUCCAAGCCGUAUGCCCACCCCCACAUGUCUGAGAUUAGGGUGUGACCUUUGAAAUCAGGAGUGGCAUAUAUUUCUGGCUGAUUUUUCCCCUUUCUUUAGAAAAGAGAUUACAGAAAACAUUGAGUUUCAGGUGGAAAAUUGGCCUAGAGGUGAAGCAACGGUAUCUCUGUGUGUGCAUGUUUACGCUGAAUGUGUCAGAUUUAUGCCUGUCAUGCAGUACCUCUUUUCUUCCUAAAGCUCCAGGUACGGUUCAGUGGUGAUGAUGAUGAGGCACAUAGUUGUAAAAAAGCUCUUUUUGGCCUCUCGGGUUCCACAGUUGAGCCCUGGAGUGCUUGAAAGAGGUUAAGAACAUCAGAUAAGUCCAGCUGUUGCAUCAGGCCAGGAUCCUGUUCCCACAGUGGACGACCAGCUGCCCCCAGUGGGAAUCCCAUAAGUGGGACUUGAGUGUAACAGCAACUCUCUCCCUCCUUGCAGUUCCCAGGAACUGGUAUUCAGAGAAGUCUCCAACAGUGGAAGGAGAAUAUAGCCAUUGUGGCUACUAGUAGACACUGAUAGUCUUAUCCUUGAUGAAUUUGUUUAACCCUCUUUUUAAAGUCCGGGGGUCAUCACAACAUCAGAUUGUGCGGCUCCUAGCCCCCCCUCGUUUUCCCUGUUCGCUGCAAUUAUAUCUGAAGCCUCACACCCUUUCAGCAGGCAUGUGACAUGAGGCACUCUUGAUAAUGAAUGCUGCCGUUGUCUUGUAACUCCAUUAGGUCCUGCAUCUCAGGAGGCAACGCCCUCAGCCGCAUCCUCUUCCUUGUUUCUGUCUGAGUGUGUCGGAAGCUUGUCGUUGCAGAUGGCUCUCAAAGCAUUGCUCAGCAAAAAGACGAAGCACUUCAGAAUCAAAAUGCUAUUACGCAGUUCACAGGGCUGCCAAACAAAAAAAGAACAAUCCGUCUCAUUUGGAAUGGGGGAGAAAUCAAGAGUCAGUUUGCCUUUAGGCUUCCUCUACAUUUAAAGCAGCGCCAGACCACUUUAAGCAGUCAUGGCUUCUCCCAAAGAAUUCUGGGAAGUGUAGUUUAUUAGGAGUGACUGGGAGUUGUUGCGAGACCCCUAUUCUCCUCAAAGAGCUUCAGUUCCCAAAGUUCCCUGGGAAGACGGAUUGAUUGUUAAGCCACUCUGGGAAUCGUAGCACUAUGAGAGGAAUAGGCAUCUCCUAACACGGGUGGCACUGUGGGUUAAACCACAGAGCCUAGGACUUGCUGAUCAGAAGGUCGGCAGUUUGAAUCCCCGCGACGGGGUGAGCUCCCGUUGCUCGGUCCCUGCUCCUGCCAACCUAGCAGUUCAAAAGCAUGUCAAAGUGCAAGUAGAUAAAUAGGUACCGCUCCGGCGGGAAGGUAGAUGCCGUUUCCGUGCGCUGCUCUGGUUCGCCAGAAGCGGCUUUGUCAUGCUGGCCACAUGACCCGGAAGCUGUACGCUGGCUCCCUCGGCCAAUAAAGCGAGAUGAGUGCCGCAACCCCAGAGUCGGCCACGACUGAACCUAAUGGUCAGGGGUCCCUUUACCUUUAACGAUUCUUGGCAUCCUUAACGAACUGUAGUUCCCAGGACUCUUUGGGGAAAACCACAGCUGUUCAGACUGGUAUCAUAGUGCUUUUAAUGUGUAGUAAUGUAUAGGCAAUGCACUUUAUAUGCAUCGUUGCGAUUUCAAUGUAUAGUGCAGAUUUGGCCUUAAAGGUGAAUCUGCCUAAAUCACACUUCCCAACAUCUAAUUUCCACUAACCCAAGGGUUGCAGAAGUCCAUUAAAAAACCCCACACACUUAAGGGGAAGUCCCUCACCCCAACAGUCAAGGACUGAGCAUUCUCAGUAACCAUGGGUGUUCAAUAUCAGUUGGAAAAGAAAAAGAGAAAACUCAGGUUGUGGAUGGUGGGCAAUGGAAUAUCCUUCUUUGAGACAAUGGCUGGCUUGAACCCUGAAAAUGAGCAUUCCUGUGAGGAGGUAAGGACACACCGCAACAUUUCAUUGCAGUGCGCACAAGUUACUGGAGAUUGGGGCUGAAAUAUACUCGGAGUUGAGUGUGGAUUUCAUGCUCUUUAUUCAGCUCAUAGUAGCAAGGAAGGAAUGGAAGUUCCCCCACAAUGUCUGCUUUAUAUACAUUAUUUACACAAUGGGCUGCACAUGAUUGGCUAAUUCCGGGAUUCUCCUGUAGGCCAAUCAGGUUGCGGUUUAACUUCCACCAGGACUUGGAUUGGGUGGCUCCUGCGGACCAAUCAGACUGCUGCAUUCUGGAUCCUAUUGUUCUAGGACCAAUCAGACUGAUGCAUUUUGGAUCCUAUUCAACUCAGUACAUAACAGGGGCUUUCACAGCGCCCUUGGCAUGUGAAUGGCAGAUUUUAACCAGGGAGUUUCAGGCUCAUAGCAUACAGUGAGGAUCUUAAUGCUUAAGGCGAGUUUGUGCAGAUGGAGAUGGUUUUUAAGGUAUUUAAGGUUCCAUAUAUACAUCUUCUGUUAUGCGCAGUUCCAUGCUCCUGGACCUCUGAAUGUGCCAGACCUUUUUGUAACGCACUUUUCUUUGUAAUCCCGAGAGCUAGAAUCUAUUCAAUCUAUUUGCUGUAAAUCAAAUAAACCUUCUUGUGGUGCUCUAUUCUCUUGCCAGCACUUUCAGUGGCGUGAUGCAUAACUUACCAAUACUGGAGAUAGAUGAUGGCACCUUGGACAAUGUGGAGGCAAGGGAGAAGAACGCAGUUGGAGGUAAAGGAGAGCCGCGACCCAUGGAAACCUCCUAUGAGACGGAACGUCCACCAUCUCCAAAGAUUAGGAUAAAGAUUCCUCCCAAUCUGAGGUAAGCAGCUGCCUUCAGGAGUCAACCCAUCUACUGCAGGGAUGGCGAACAUCUGUGGGCCUCUGGAAGCUGGUGGACAGUAACUCCCAUCAUGGCUGACUAUUGGUCCUGCUGGCCGCUGAGCUCCUAGCCAUAUCUUUGUUGACACUCUUCAAGAGCUCUGAAAGGUUAAUUAGACAGGACUUACCUUUGUGGAAGCCUUGCUUAUGUCUUCUUCAGAAUCAUCUACUGGAUAUGCUUGGUCAUUCUAUCUUUAAUCAUGCUUUCCACCAUUUUCCCUGUGUUAAUUCCCAGAGGUCCAUUUCUUUAAAAAAAUGGGUGUUACAUUGGCCACUUUCCAGUGCUCAGAUAUGGAGGCUGACAUUACGGAUUUUUGUUAGAAGAUCAGCAAUUUCAUAUUUGAACGCCUCAAGAGCUCUUUGGUGAAUGCCUUCUGGAACAAGUGAUUUGUCCGUUUGUCUAUAAGGCCUAGAAGUUCAUCUCUUGACACCACCAUUUGCCUCACCACCACUGGUCUACAGAGGCUCUUUGGAAUUUCAGGGUCACUCCCAGCUAUGCUUGGAGAUGUUUCCAUGGAUUUAACUUGGGACCUUCUGCAUCCAGAGCAGGAGCCUCUACCACUGGGGUAUGGUCCUUCCUGGACUAUAUUCUGCCUAAAGAGGGAUGUAGGUUACCUUUGCACUAUGAAGCAUUAUAACACCACCUUAACAGCUAUCAUUUGCUAAAGAGAAUCAGGAGACGCUUAAUAAAGCUACAACCCACCAAGAGCUUUAGCAAUUAGCUCCUCUUCUAAGAAAACUCUGGAAAAUGUAACCCUGCGAAGGGAACUAGGGUAUCCUAAUAAUACAUCCUUAACAAAUGACAGGAUUCUUUGGGGGAAGCCAUGACUGUUUAAAGUAGUACAAUACUGCUUUAAAUUUACACUGCAGAUUGUGGUCUUUGUUCAUUCUGAUUUUCUCCCCCCACAGUAAAGAGAACACUUUUAACAAGAGCCGCCUCUUUGGUGCUAUUGUAAGGGGGAACCCUGAGGAGCUGGAAGGACUGGGGGACUAUUUGCGAAAAACCGGCAAAUUUCUUACCAACUCUGAGUACACAGGUAGGCACGAGCCCGAGAGCUAGGGUUUUUGUUUUAAAAACUUCUUCCUGGUGUAAGAAUAGGCAAGCUUCUGAAGCUUCACAGAACUAUUUGCAAGAUUGAUGAGGACCAUCAGAGUGCAGAGGACAGAUAGUGAUGUUUGGAGUGGAGAAAUGUGAUUUACAGUGGUACCUCGGGUUAUGUACGCUUCAGGUUACAUACGCUUCAGGUUACAAACCCCGCUAACCCAGAAAUAGUACCUUGGGUUAAGAACUUUGCUUCAGGAUGAGAACAGAAAUUGUGCUCCGGUGGUGCGGCAGCAGCGGGAGGCCCCAUUAGCUAAAGUGGUGCUUCAGGUUAAGUACGGACCUCCGGAACGUAUCAAAUACUUAAGCUGAGGUACCACUGUACUAAAUCACAUUAUUUUCUCAGGGAAGUUGUGUUGUUUUUAACCAACUAACAUUCACAACUGGCGCUUUUUCGGAAUUGUAAAAAAAAAGAAGUAAAAAAAAAAGAAGUGGUUAAAAUCAGUGCAGUUUUGAAUUGUUAGUCUUCCACCUUGAUCCAAUUGUAUCCAGACUUAGGCCAAAACCUGCUCUUUGAUCUCAUGAACCAUCAUGCAAAAAUUGGUUAAAAUCAGUGCAGUUUUGAAAUGUGCAUUCUGUUACACCUGAUUCAAAAUGGUGUUCAACAGUAUCUGAACAUAGACGAAAACCUGCUCUUUGGUCUCAGGGAACAACAUACAAAAGUUGGCUACGGUAUUUUAAGGGGGGGGGGUCCAAGCACAUAGAGAAAAGACAAUUUCCCAAACUAUAGAGUAGAUUGGUGGUUCCCAUCAUUUUUGGUAUGGCAAGCCACAAAUCCAAAUUUAUUUGCUAUCUUGACCCAUCUAUUUACUGUCAGCCGAAUGUUGGACCUUACACAGGAUUCAAAGCUGCUUGGGUUUUCAACCCCACAGGUUGGGGAAAUCUGUAGCAGAGGAAAUCAUAAGGGCCCAUAGCACAGUUACAGGUACAGUUGUCUGCUUUGAUUGCAGAAGGUCCCUGGUUCAAUACCUGGUAUUUCUGGUGAAAAAGAUCAGGGAGCGCAUAAUGGGCAAGAGGAGAAAUGACAGAGAAGUUCCAUUUGAUUCACAAAUGCAAGCUUGCUUAAUUCACAAUACAUAUGCAAAUUUAAAGCAUCUAUGUUCUUUCCUGAAUAUUUGAAAUGGAUGGAGUUGCUUAUAUGGCACCCCAGCAUGAAGUCUGCUUGAUCUUUAUGUACCUAUUUUGUGAGGAAAUUAUUUAUCUCUGUUCCUAGAUCGUAUAUUAAAUAUUUUCAUUUUGCUCAACUAGUGCUUUUGACCUAUAGGAACACAGUUCAGCUGUGUUUCAAUAUGACAGAAACUUGAGACAAUUUCCAAGAUUCAGGGGUCCUCUCGCCCUCUAGAAUACUUUGGAACAGAAUCCUUAGCCUAGGAUCCAGCUCUUCUCAGAAGACAUUAUAAGAUACACCUCCUGCUCCCCUUUCCUUGGAUAUUCUUAAAGCAUUUGAUAGACUUGAAUGGCCCUUUACGCUGUCCUUGUUAGAAAAAAAGAAAUGCACUUCUCCAAACAAAGGAUGGAAUUCCCUUCUCUUCCAGAUGGAGAAACGGGCAAGACCUGCUUGAUGAAGGCCUUGCUGAAUUUAAAAGAUGGGGCAAACCCCACCAUCCCUUUGCUGCUGAAGAUAGACAAGGAGACCAAGAACCCAAGGCCUCUGAUCAACGUAGCUUGUAAGGAUAGCUUCUAUAAAGGUAAGGACCUUGGGGUGGGGAGACAGCAUUAAAAAAAGAACUCAUCCACUCAGGGGUAGAAGAACAUGCUUGUUUUCUACGUUUGACUUCUUUAAUGAUUUUCUUUCAUGCCAUUUUUGUUCUGCUAGGCCACACAGCACUCCACAUUGCCAUUGAGGAGAGGAAUCUAGAUCUGAUCAAGCUCCUGGUGGAGAACGGCGCUGACGUCCAUGCCAAGGCCUGUGGAAAGUUCUUCCACCAGCAGGAGAAAGGGGCCUGCUUCUACUUUGGUAGGUUGAUACUGUGUGCCUAAAGUCCACUGUCACAGAUUCUUGAAGUGGGUGCUCAGUUUUUGUAACUUGUGCCAAAAGCAGCCAUUCCUCUCCCAGCUUUGCUUCCGUUUAUCUCCUUCCUCCUCCAGGUGAGCUUCCCCUCUCCUUAGCUGCUUGCACCAACCAGCCAGAAGUAAUCAGGUAUCUCUUGGAUAACCCUCAUCAGAAGGCCAACCUGGCAGAGCGGGAUUCCCUUGGCAACACAGUCCUCCAUGCCUUGGUGAUGGCGGCCGAUGAUGCGGAUGAGAAGAACAGGGAGCUGGUGAUCGGGAUGUACAACAAGAUCCUGAUGCACAGUGCUACGCUCAACCUGAGCCAGAAACUGGAGGAAUUAAUCAACACGGAAGGCUUGAAUCCUUUGACCCUGGCCGUCAAGACUGGAAAGAUAGAGGUAAGUCAGUUGGGAGCUUAUCAUAAAUUGUAUUUCUGAGCUUAGGAACCUGUGGCCUUCCAGGAUGUUAUUGGACUCCAGCUCCCAUCAUUCUCCUGGCUGUUGGCUACACUGGCUAUAUGGAGACGGAAGUCCAACAAUAUCUGGAAGGCAGCAUCUUCAUGUCAUAAAAAUAAUAAUAACAAUUUAUUAUUUACACCCCGCCCAUCUGGCUGGGUUUCCCCAGCCGCUCUGGGCGGCUUCCAAAAGAUUAUUAAUAUACAAUAAUCUAUUAAACAUUAAAAACUUCCCUAAACAGGGCUGCCUUCAGAUAUCUUCUAAAAGUCUGGUAGUUGUGGUUCUCUUUGACAUCUGGUGGGAGGGCAUUCCACAGGGCGGGUGCCACUACCGAGAAGGCCCUCUGCCUGAUUCCCUGUAGCUUUGCUUCUCGCAGCGAGGGAACCGCCAGAAGGCCCUCGGUGCUGGACCUCAGUGUCUGGGCAUAACGAUGGGGGUGGAGACAGUCCUUCAGGUAUACUGGACAGAGCAGAGAUUCAGGACACACAAGAUAGGUCAGUGUUGUCAACCUCCAGGUAGGAGGCUGAGACUGAGAGGGCAACUUGCAGAGGACAACUUAAGAAGAUUUGUACCAGGUGAUACAUGAUUUCACACCUCCAUUACAGUGCACAAACUUGAAUAUCAUGUCCCAGGGAUGGUGAGGCCCAGGCCCAGGAUGCAGGUGCAGUUCUUCAAGGCUCUUUUUCCAGCCCUUGGAACUCUUUCUAAGCCACACCCCUUACUGGCAGAGAUGUAUUGGUCUGGGGGUCACAGGGGGUCAAAUACCCAUUAUAGCAGGGUACCGGUGUCGUCUUCUUCUUCUUCAGUAUCCCAGAGCUGCCCAAUCAGCAUGAAAUGGGAACUUUUUAGCCACUGAGAAGACGUAUUCCCACCCUUUGUGCUGACUGGAGCCAAUCAGAGUCAGCCACUCAGGAUGGGCUCCUAAGGUCACUCUGGAAGAGACGUGCCAGUAGAACACUGAGGAGUUGUUGGUCUGUGUUGUUGUUGUUGUUGUUACACCACCAUUCAUGUGAAGAUCACAGGGUGGUUUACAAUAUAAAAAAUAUACAAAUAUACAAAAUAAAUAAUAUAACAACAGAAAAAACAAAAACCUCUGGCACAUUUAAAAGGCCAUAGAUUGUUUAAUCAGCCAAAGGCCUGGUUGAAGAGAAAUGUUUUCACCGAGUGGUUAAAGGUGUGUAAUGAAGCUGCCAGGCAGGCCCACCUGAGGAGAGCAUUCUACAAAUGGGGAGCCACCAAAGAAAAGGCCCAUUUUCAUGUAGCCACCCUCCAGAUCUCUCAUCGAGGGAGCACACAAAGAAGGGCCUCAGAUGCUGUCUAUUUAUAAAUGUUGGAAGGCAAAACUCAAAGAAAUUUCCUCCCCCUUUUCUGUCCUUCCUAGAUCUUCAAAAACAUUAUUCACCGCGAAAUCAAAGACCCGCAGUACCGUCACCUUUCGCGGAAGUUCACUGAAUGGACCUACGGGCCUGUCCACAUCUCUCUCUACGACCUGACCUCCAUUGACAGCUAUGAGGAGAACUCUGUGUUGGACAUUCUUGCCUACAGCAGCGAUACUCCGGUGAGAUGAUCAAUGAAGGCGACUUGUCUGCUUUAAAAUAAUCCCUAAGGGAGAUCCUUCAGUUCUCUCUGCAGCUAGGCUUCUCUCUUCAGGAGAUUUUCUUGGUGCCAUCUUUGUUUUCUUUCCAGUGCUCUGCACCCGUCAUUUUUUUUAAAAAAAGUUUACACAGGCCCCUUAUGUUCUUGAUUUAUUCUUUGAAGAAGUCUCCACAAGAAUUUUUUUUGUGGUCUUCCCAUAAGCACCUGGUUGGUCGCUGUGUAAAACUAGAUGGACCAUUAACCUAAUUCAGGAGGGCUACUCUUGCCUUAGAGAGUCUUGAUUUGGUGCCUUUGUAGAUACUUAUUUUGGGGAAAUGAAAUAGGUUACCCUGAUCGAUGGCCUCUCCCCAUAAAAAGCUGUAAUAUAAAAUACGGGAUUAGCCUGGAAAAUGUUAUCCAUAGCACCAUGCCCUACAGAAUAUCACAGGACAGUGACCCACAAAUGGACACAAGCUCCAACAUUUUCUGCUGUUGCCCUUCUCAGUGCCAUAACUGAAGCACAAUCAAUUAUGCACUACUGACUUCUUGUAAAGAUUUGCAUGUUUUUCCUGUCCUGUCUAUAAGAAUGAACAAUGUACCAGUAGGUUUAUUUAUCUCUGUUUUGAUGGCAUUAUUUUGGCAUCCUUAUGCUGAUUUGCACUGUUGUACAUGGCUUAGAACAUUUUAGAUGAAUAAGCAGUUGAAUACCUUUAAGUAAAGAAACACACACCAGUAUAGGCCUCUUCGUUGCGCAAAACCACAGUUUAUUCAGCCAACCAGUUUGCAGGCUGAAGAAGCUGUGGUUUUGUGCAACUUGGAGCAGGGCUAGGGUACCCUGUGGCCCUCCAGAUGUUUUUGGGUGCCAACUGCCAGCAGCCUCAGCAUGGCUAAUAACGAGGGAUGACGGGGGCUGAAUCAAUGAAUUAUUUUCUUUCUUUCUUUCUUUCUUUCUUUCUUUCUUUCUUUCUUUCUUUCUUUCUCCUACAUACAGAAGCGGUACAAGAUGGUGGUCCUGGAACCUAUAAACAAGCUUCUUCAAAGCAAAUGGGACUCCUUUGCUGCCAUGAGAUUUUACAUCAGUUUUUUCUCCUAUGUGCUGUUCAUGUCCGUGUUCUCAGCUGUUGCUUAUCACCGGCCUCUGGAGGGGAAGGUAACAGCAGCUUUGGGGCUUGGGGGAUACAGAGAGGGAGGCAGAGAGAGGAGGAGGGUGGCUCUCUAGGGCAGAAGUGUGGAAGCUCCCUGUUUAUUCUACAAGGCCCUUUUGGGCCAAGCCGCACCUACCUGCCCAUACAUGAUGUAGGGCAAGGGUGGCAGAGAGACGUAAUUCAGUUUGCGCUGAAAGGCAAACCUACCGGUACUUAAUUUCCACUUUCUGAACUGAAAUGCAGUCAUCCUUUGAAAUCCACACUUCUCCGAAUCUUUCACUGCAGUUCUGCAGCCAAGCAACGUGUACAAAAGAUGCAUGUGUGCAUUAUUAUGGAUAUAUCAGGGGAAGAUGACAUACAAAAGUUUGUUAUGUUAGGGACGGUUGGUGUGCCAAAAUCUGCAUUUGAGGCAAAAAUUGCCAGCAGAGAUUCACAUGGAUAAAUUUUCAUGAUGUCUUUAAAAAAAUGAAAUUCAUUUUGAUGAGAUUAAAAAUAAAUAAAUCAUAAGCAGAUGCAGAAAUGUGGAGAACUAGAAUAAAGACUGGAAUAAAUGAGAAACCGAGAGAAGCUGAAACUGCCAGAUCUGUCCAAGUCAAAUCUGGUCAAAAAGGAACUAGUAGGCACUGCCAACCAGCUGGUCAGUGCCAGCAGAGUCCGGUGCAGCACUUUGCAAGCCCUGACAAUCAGCUGAUUCUCACUGCUUUUAUCCUCCUCAAUUACUUAUGUACGUCCCCUUUCUUUUUUCUUGUAUCAUCCUAGCCUCCUUUUCCAGUGUCAAAUGCUGCUGGAGACGUAUUGUGGCUCAUUGGCCAGGUCAUUGUCUUAAUCGGAGGCGUGUAUCUCCUUUUUGCUCAGGUACAACAUACUCUUCCUGCCCUUCCUGCUGCUGUUUGGGAUGUGUGUGUGUGUGUGUGUUUUGUUUUUUGUUUUGCAUCUUAGGUUGGCUACAGAAAGCUGGAAGAAAAUAGGACUGCCUGCAGUAAUGAAGAGCAUCAAAUAUUUCAUUUUAAAAGAAUUAACAAAAUAUAUACACUACCCCAGUUUGCACAUAACCAUGGUUUGUUGAGCCAAACUAUAGCUAGUUUGGACAUAUGAGCCGACCACAACAGACUGAUUUUUCUGCCAAGUAAACACAAUGUAUAGCUUUGGUUUGUUGUUGGCUUAUAAACCAUGACUCCAUAAUGCAACAGCUCAGUUGCAUACAUGCAAUUCCUUUUCUCUGGCUGCCUGCCCAGUGCUGAAAUACAAGGCUGCAGUUGAAUCAGUUGAAAAUCUGGGGUGAGGAUAGAAAGAGGUGAACCAUUAGGAUGGUUUAAUACAUUGUGAAGGAGGAGCCUUUUUAAUCAACCAGAUUCCCCAGUAGGAAGCCUGCAGUUGGGUCCUGAGUGCAAGAGCCAACCUGAGAUUCCCAAUAACUGGAUUUCAGAAGCACACUGAAGAAGAAGAAGAAGAGUUUGGAUUUGAUAUCCCGCCUUUCACUCCCUUUAAGGAGUCUCAAAGUGGCUAACAUUCUCCUUUCCCUUCCUCCCCCACAACAAACACUCUGUGUGGUGAGUGGGGCUGGGAGACUUCAGAGAAGUGUGACUGGCUCAAGGUCACCCAGCAGCUGCAUGUGGAGGAGCAGGGAAGCAAACCCGGUUCCCCAGAUUACGAGACUACCGCUCUUAACCACUACACUACACUGCCUGCAACAGAGGAAGGAGGACACAGCCAUUGUGACUAGUAGUCACGGAUAAUUCCCUCCCCCGUUAAUUGAUCUAAUCCUCUUUUAAAGCCACCCAAAUUGGUGGCCAGUUGAACUCUGAGCUGUGUGAACAAAUCCUUCCUUUUGUCUUUCUAGAAUCUUUCCAACAUUCUGCAUCCUUAGGAGACACAGAUUAGUCACUAGGUUUUGCAGGAUUUUAUUGCCCAGAGGUGAACCUGGGAUGAGAUCUUCCUGCUUGGCAGGGGGUUGGACUCGAUGGCCCUUGUGGUCUAUUCCAACUCUAUGAUUCUAUGAUUCUAUGAGUGAAAGCACAUAUCAAGGGCAGUGAUCCUUCUGGUCAAAUCAUCUUUAAAACACUCUUUAAACAUAUAUAUAUAUAUAAGUUGUUCAUCUCCAUGCUAGAGGGGCUGGCGAGUAAGCUUGUAAAUAAAUACCCACUCAGCUGCUUACCCAUUUACUGCUCAGUGACUUCUUUUUGUACCACCACCAGAUGGUUCAACCUGCUGUACAGAAGAGUAGUGGUCUAGGGUCAAGGGCAUAGUUGUCAACUUUUCCCUUUUCUUGCGAGGAAUCCUAUUCGGAAUAAGGGAAUUUUCCUUAAAAAAGGGAAACGUUGACAGCUAUGAUCAUAGGGGGAGGGGCAAAUACACCUUAUUACAGUGGUACCUCAGGUUAAGUACUUAAUCCGUUCCAGAGGUCCGUACUUAACCUGAAACUGUUCUUAACCUGAAGCACCACUUUAGCUAAUGGGGCCUCCUGCUGCUGCUACGUCGCAGGAGCCCGAUUUCUGUUCUCAUCCUGAAGCCCUAUUUCUGGGUUAGCGGAGUCUGUAACCUGAAGCAUAUGUAACCUGAAGCAUAUGUAACCUGAGGUACCACUGUAUUUCUGCAGCAGGGUCUCAGAAGGACUCCUGUCUCCAGAGUCCUAGGGUUGCUCCAUCAGUAUGAAAGGGUGUAUAUACACAGUAUGCCUGUGUAUAUACAUAGAAAACAGUACACCUGGCUGAAAGGCGACACGUGGGUAUCUGCACUGAUCAUUGCAAUGCAUCACUAAUUAACAUUGUAUAAUUUUAGAAGGUUGUGUAGACUUAGUUGUGACUAUUGCGAAGGGAUCUUGCACGUCUGAAUUUGCCACUGCACUAUUGCUGCUGUAUUGACAAGAGUGUUCCUGUCAAUUUGCUUUUUAGACUAUUUACCUGUGGAGAAGGCGCCUGUCACUGAAAAGUCUGCUUCAGGAUGGCUACAUCGAGAUUUUCCUGUAUGUUGGGGGGGAGGGGCAUGUGGGCAAGAGGCCAUUAUGGGUGGAGGUGGUUUACAAUUCAAAAGUUCUCCCUGUUUCAUUUGCGGAGGAGAAAGGAAGCCCAGAAUCAAGUGACGCUUUGGCUAAUCUACACAGAAUCCUUGAUGGAUCCAUCAUUUUAUAGGGGGUAGCACUGCUUUCCAUACCUGCCUUGUUUUGUAUAAGCUCACAAAAACAUCCACAACAAAAAUCUCUCCCCCCCCCAUUUCUCCCACCACAGCCUGCUGUCAUGUACAAUAAUUUUGAUGGAUUCAGCUCGUAUUUCAAGACAUUUCAAUAUUUUCAGUAUUUAACAAUUUGCACUUUCUGAAAGAAUAUGAAUUGAGUCCUGCAGUACAGCCUUCCUUCCAAAUCUGCACUUCUCUACAGAAGUGUGCAUCCUAGGAGAAUUUUAUUAUUUAUUAAUUAGUAUUUUAAAUAGUUGUUUUCAACCUUUUUACUGAUUAUUUCAUUGCUUCCUGCAUUUCGUAAACCACUUUGAGUUUUUUAUUUUUUGCAGUCAAGCAUUAAAUGUGGUUUGUUCUUGCUUCAUCUCUCAUGGUUUUUCCGGUGGGGGGUGCAAAUCACAAGCCCAGCUUUGGACGUAGUGCAUUCUCCAAGCCAUGGCUUAGCUCUUGAUCGAGGGAGGAGUGAAGAGGCUGCAAUUUUCCCUUUUCUCACUCAUUCAUGCUUAGCUGGGGCACGUGGCUUAGCUUUUGUGUGUUAGCAGGCCAAGGAGACUCUUCUAUGCCUUAAAGGUGCCUUCUUUGGCUUCCUUGUGGAAUUCUGCAAGGUAUAUCAAACAGAUUUUGCAUGCCUUAUUUGUAAAGGAAACCUCUAAGCGGGGAUCAUCUCUGCAUCUCCCUCAUUUUCUCACAGGCUGUUGCAGUCAGUGACCCUACUGGUUUCGGCAGUGAUGUACCUUGCAGGGAUGGAAGAUUACGUACCUUGGAUGGUUUCCUCCCUCCUGCUCGGCUGGAUAAACCUGCUGUAUUACAUGCGAGGAUUUCAGCAGACCGGGAUCUACAUUGUCAUGAUACACAAGGUUGGUAGAACACCAAUCCAAUAAAAACUGCUGGCAUAUUUGCAAAGCAAAGUCUGGUUUCAAUACAGUCCUUCUCCUUCUCCUGAGUAGGAAUCAUGCCACCUCAGUUGUGAGGCUGGCGCUGCUCUUAGGCCCAAGUUCAUCCACUUGAAUUUCAUGCCGGGGCAAAGAUCUGAACCUGGGUCUCUUCCCAUUCUUAAUUUCUAUACUCUUAUCCACUACACCAUGCUGUGGUCCCUUGAUUCACUUAUAUCCUGCUCUGUGUUCCAGGCUAUUCUGCGGGAUGUCUUCCAUUUCCUCAUGGUCUAUUUGAUCUUCCUCUUUGGCUUUUCAACAGGUGAGUCUCUACUUGUCGCAGCAGGAAGCGCUGGAAUGGGUGGCAGCAACCAGAAUUCUACCUGUAUUUUGGGACUGGAUUCUGGUACAAACAAGAGAUAUUUUCAAGGUCUCUAAGGGCCUCUUGGUUUGAAUAUUCUGAUUUAUCAUUUCAGCCCUUGUCAUACUUACCGGGGAGCCUCCCCAGCCAGUCCAGAAUGGGUCUUCCCUCGUCAACAGUGAUGACAAAGACCAAGUCAAGUAUGCCGGGCUCCUGCAAACUUCCCUGGAGCUGUUCAAGUUCACCAUUGGGAUGGGGGAGUUGGAGUUUCACGAGAACCUGAAGUUCAAUUACUUUGUGAUGCUCCUCCUGCUCUUCUAUGUCAUCAUGACUUACAUCCUCCUCCUGAACAUGCUGAUUGCCCUGAUGAGCGAGACAGUCACCAAACUCUCUGGACACAGUGAAGGCGUUUGGAAGCUGCAGGCAAGUCCAAAACCACUGGGCAUUGCUCAUUGCUUUGGGAAAAUAAAGCUAUUGGGUGCAGCAUACAAUGGCUGA